AUGCCGACAAGGACUUUGCUUACUUUUGUCGCUUCUCGCCUGUUCAAGCUUUUCGUGUACUGGCAAAUAACAGCACAUCUGAUGACUCCCCUCAUACCAUUGAUCUUCGGCCCGGUAGAGCCAUGGGAGUUCGACCACUACGCGCAGACCUACUUCCGACGACUACCUUUCUUCGAGUCAAGAGAGCCAGUUACUGCCCGCGAGACUUGGAUUCGUGUUGUCUUUACUCUUCGCUGGAUCUGGCUGAAUUUUGUCGAUGUCGAUGCCGCGCAUACUUUUCUGAGCAUCAUCUUCGUCGGCCUACUACGUCUUGACUCGCCUGAAGAGUGGCCGUCAAUGUUUGGUAGCCCUUUAGAAGCAUAUAGUCUUCGUCGCUACUGGGGCAGAUUCUGGCAUCGUCUGGUCCACAAGCCUUACCUCGGUCUCGCAAAAGUGGUGUCUAGGAAGCUGCAUAUCAGUAAAUCUCGACCUCGAUUCGAGAAGCUCGUUCUCGCUUUUCUGGUCUUCCUGAUCUCAGGUCUGGCUCACGCGAUUGUGUCUAUCCACGGAGGCAAUCUCGUCGAGGCUGUCGAUGACGUUUCUUUCUACUGCAUCAACUUUGCUGUCAUUGCAGUGGAAGGAGUGGUCACUGGGCUUGCCUCACCAAUGCGACGAUUCUUGCCCAGAUGGUGUUGGAAGGCCGUGGGAUUCACCUGGGUCUUCACAUUCUGGUUCUGGGCAGCACCAAAAUGGGCGUAUCAUGAAGUUCACGAGGAACUUCUCAGUGAGCUUGAGAGACGCAACAGAAUGCAAGGACUGGAGAUGUUUACGGGUAUGCUCGGUGGAAAGUAG